GGAGCGUGGUCGUGCACCUGUAAUGACAACACGUGCUACAGCUGAGUGGCGGUUUCCCUCUCGGAAAAGUGAAGGCGAGUGGUGGGGAAGGAAUGUGCUGCUUUGAUCUCGAAAGGACCUGUAGAACAACGCAAAGGACAAGCGGUGACGACGUCAACCUUUCUUCAGGCACGUGCACCAAUGGGAGAAUGCUGAGCCGCCACGAGUGCUGUUGAAGAGAGUAGCCUCGACUCCGUCCGCAGAAUGCUGACAGCUGCCGUUUACGUAAUUUAAAUAGAUGUUACAGAGUGUCCACCAGGAUGGACUUAAUCGCCUACUAUCAACACCACGAGAUCGCGAGCGUGGAGAACAGCAUCGAAGAUGGUGACCUGGAGGGCCAGAACGAGGACGAAGAGGAGGAGAUUCUCUCGUUCAUCGAUAUCGAUCGACGUCUCUUGACCAUAGAUCAGCUGACGUCGAACGGCGGCAGCGACAAGAGGUGCAAGAUGCCGUUCAGGAGAAGCUUGUUCGCGUACGUGGCGCCUUACAUCGCGUUCCAGUCGUUCGACAGCAAAGGGCCGAUACUCCCUUACGAAGUAACCAAACACCUGAAGUGGCGUUUGAGCACGAUCACACCAUUAAUCGUACGUCGUACAUUGGUCAACUCAGGUUUUCGUCUGAUGAAGAAGUGUCAGGAGUGGUGCGGCACUUGGGGCAAGCACAUGAAGUCGCUGGGCUUCAGAUCGUUGAAGGAGUCGCAGAAGAUCAAUCACUUUCCGGGAACGUUCCAGAUCGGUCGGAAGGAUUGCCUCUGGUUGAAUCUCAGCCGAAUGAUGAUGAAGCACGAGGCGAAAGAGUUCGGUUUCGUUCCGAGGACCUACGUGUUGCCGCGCGAUCUCAGCUGUUUCCGUCAAGUGUGGAAGAAGCUGGGCAGCAAGGCGAAGUGGAUCGUGAAACCGCCCGCCUCCGCGAGAGGUACCGGGAUCAAGGUGGUGCACAGAUGGUCGCAGAUACCAAAGAAACGCGCGGUUGUCGUGCAACAGUACUUGUCCAGGCCUAAGUUGAUACGCGGCGCCAAGUUCGACUUGCGCCUCUACGUUCUCGUCACCAGCUUCAAUCCGUUGAAGAUCUACAUCUAUCCGGACGGUCUGGUGCGUUUCGCCUCGGUGAAGUACAACGACGACAUAAACUACCUCAGCGAUCGAUUCAUGCAUCUGACCAACUACAGCAUCAACAAGACCAACUCUACGUACACGAACAACGACUGCGCGGACUCGUGUACGGGGCACAAGUGGGCGCUCAGAACUUUGUGGUCUUACCUGGAGAAGGAGCAGGUGAACGUUUCGAAGCUGUGGACGACUAUGAAGGACAUCGUGGUGAAAACUAUGAUAGCCGGUGAAUCGUCCAUCUCCUCGUUAACGAAGGCUAACACGUCGUCUAGAUACUGUUGCUACGAGUUGUUCGGCUUCGAUAUCCUCUUGGACGAGAAUCUGAAACCUUGGCUCUUGGAAGUGAACAUCUCGCCUGCGUUGCAGUCUUCCUCGACGCUCGACACCGCUGUCAAGGGACCGCUGAUCAAGUCUGUGUUCAACAUAGCCGGUUAUCAACUGCCGAACACGCUGUCGCCGGAGGAAGCCGAGAAAUUAGCACAAAGGUACCAAUUGGACGCGGUCUGUCAGGACUACAGGCUGCACAAGACCGCGCUCAGCUGUCAGGAACGGCAGAAACAGUCUAUGUACGCGAAUCUGAGGAAUCGCGAGGACUAUCUCGACGAUAUCAUCAAAGAUCUAACCCCGGACGAUGUUCGACAUCUGAUCACGUACGAGGACGAGCUCACGCAGUUGGACACGUUCGAGAAGAUCUUUCCUACGUCUACUAGCUACGAGUACCUGCAGUACUUCGAGGUUCCUAGGUACUACAACAUGCUGCUCGACGCAUGGGAGAUGAAGUACGCGGAGAAUCGUUCCAAGGGGAUCAUGAGAUUACAGAAACUCUGCCAAAAGAAGUACCAUUUGGAGCAGCAAAUGGUAUUUUAG